CCCCACCGAUCCGCGUUCGCUGGGCGUCAGUGGCGGCGUCUCCAGCAGCACGACGACCGCGACGACCGCGCGUCUUCGUCUAUCGCGACGAGAGCGUCACGACGUGCAUCGUCACCACACGCGACAGCUGGAAGCACUGCCCCGAUGCCCAUGGGUCGCCAUGUCCACGCCUGUUAACCCCUUCGUGAGCGACUCCGAAGAGGAGGAGGAGGACCAGCAGCAGCAGGUCCCGCGCCGGGACUCGAACCGAGACGACGACGACAGGGGCCAGGACCUGACCCCCUCUUCACGGACCCUGUCCCCGUCCUCUUGCUCAGCUGCUGCUGCUGCUGAGACGCGGGCAUCCCAGCGUGGCGAGGAGAUGGAGUCAAUGGAGGAGCAGUCGGGGCAGGGCAAUGUUCAGGGGAGUGAGAGUCAACAGGGCCAGGGGAAUGAGUGGGAAUCUGGGUAUGGGCAGGAGUCGGGCAUGGAACAGGGUCCUGGCAAGGGCACGGGCUUGGAGCGUGGCCACGACCAAGGCAAUGAGAGGGACCGCGGCCAGGGCCACGCGUCGCGCCCGCUGCCGCUGGACGUGGUGGCGGCGCAGCUGCUGCGGGACCAGCUGCUGCUCACGGCGCUCGAGCUGCACAGCGAGCUGCUGGAACGCGACCAGGAGCUGCCCCGGCUGCGGGACUUCUUCUCCAACCCCGGCAACUUCGAGAGACCCGGCCUCCAGUCCCAGCAGCAGCAGCAGCAGCAAGUUCAGCAGCAGCAGCAACAGCAGCAGCAUCACCUGCAGCUGUCUGUCCAGCCCACACACCUACACCGUGCGGGCAGUCUGACAACGCUGGACUCGCUGGAUUUUGCGCGAUACUCGGAUGACGGAAACAGAGACGUGGACGAACGUGUGGCAGGCGCCCGGCAGGGCCGGAGCUGUCCCCAUGAGUGGCAGGAGCAUGUCAAGGUGCUGGAGUUUGAGCUCAGAAAAGCCCGAGAGACCAUCCAGGCACUCAGGACCGACCUCACACAAGCUGCCGAAACGAACACACCCACCCAGGAAAAAAACAAUGAAGAACAAAUGCCAGCCUGUGAGGAUCCAAUGAGGCCUUUGGAAAAGCGAGCCCUCAACUUCCUCGUGAAUGAGUUUCUUCUGAAGAACGAGUUCAAGCUAACCUCCAUCACAUUCUCAGAUGAGAACGGCGAACAGGACAUCGAAGUGUGGGAUGAUGUUGGACUCAAUAUCCCCAAGCCACCUGAUCUACUGACUCUCUACCGAGACUAUGGGAGCAGGAUCGUGCCUCCCAGUGACACCUUGGAUGUUGGAGUGGGGCCUGACCACGUAGAAAAUCCUGACCCCGACCCAGAGGAUGACCCAGCCAGCCUGUCCCUUGGAGAUCUUCCAGACGGCAGCUUGUCCAACAACCAGGCAGAAGUGGUGAAGGAAUUAAACCAGCUGGUGGAACGGCUUCGACAUGAAAAUGAAUCUCUCACUGCUCAGAUCAGACAACUCGAGAGUGAGAUUGCAGCACUGCAGUUCCCUGCCGGGAUGUCCGUCACGGUGCCAGAAAACAGGCAGGAGGAGGCUGCCACCCCUAGGUCCCCGGGAGACGAAGGGGAGCUCUACAUCACCAUCCGUGAUGUGGCCCCCACGCAGAAGACUGCUACUGUACAAGAUGCCACACUACAGGGAGAGACUACACGCUCAGAUGUGGGCUCUAGUCCCCCGAGCUCCAGCAGCCCACCAGAUAAUCUAACACUCCGCGACGUCGACAAUCACGUGAUCAGCGAACAAGACCUGGAUGACCAAGUGCAGCUUGAAAAGUCUAAGAGGAAACUGCCAGAAACAUUUAUGAGAACUUUAAUGCAGUGCUGCAUGACGACCUCCAACUCAAGGCUGGGCUGUGAGGUGGCGAAGAUUGCCGACUCGGAGAAGAGUGUGAUCUCUGUGCUGGGGCGAUGUCUGCCUCACAUUGUGCCCAAUGUCCUGCUCGCCAAACGGGAGGAGCUAAUUCCUGUGCUCCUGUGCACGGCGUGCCUGCACCCAGAGUCCAAGCAGCGAGAUGAACUCCUCAACAUCCUAUUCAACCUCAUCAAGCGACCAGACGAGCAGCAGCGGAAAACGAUCUUGGUUGGCUGUGUGGCUUUCGCACGCCACGUGGGACCAGCCAGGGCAGAAUCGGAACUCCUUCCACAGUGCUGGGAACAGAUCAGUCACAAGUACCCGGAGAGGCGAGAGCUUGUUGCGGAGGCAUGCGGCGUCCUGGCUCCUUACUUGCCUAUGGCGAUCCGCAGCUCGUUGGUGCUGUCCAUGCUGCAGCAGAUGCUGCACGAAGACAAGACGGAGACGGUGCGGGAGGCGUCGGUUCGGAGCCUGGGAGUCGUCAUCUCGUACAUUGAUGACCCUGACAAGUACUUCCAGGCAUUUGAUCUGCUGCUCAUGGCUCUACGGGACACGUCAGAGCGUGUGCUGGCAGCAACUCACCAGACCUUCCUGCCGGCCUUUGGCAUGUGGGCCUGUGAGCUGGCUCGCGUGCAGACGCACCUGGCCAACUCGCUGCUCAGCAAGGUGGAGACGGCCGUCCUGGAAGAAAACUCCAUUCUCGACGAGAGCAAGUUGCAUCAGUACAUCUCGGCCCUGCAGUCCUUGGUUCCAUUCCUGUUCCUGUUUGUGCUACAAACAUCUCCCUUCGCGGAAGAAGCAGAGGCCUGCACCAACGCCCCCCAAAUCGAAGUGGGCCGUUUCCCGAACACGGCGUGCCGUCUCGCGGAAGUGACGGUGGCGGCGGGUGGUCCAGAGAGACUCUCGUCGCUGCUCGUGUUGUACGAGCGCCGGCUGGAUGGUCUGGCCGACGACCCGGACACCCAGGCCUGGGAGAGCAUGCGCUGGAUCCAGCACAACAUGCUACCCCGGCUGGUGGAGGUGGCCUGUAAAAUCCCGGUGACGUCGCCAUCAGCUGUUCACGAUUUGGCGACCUUUGUGUCCACCUUAUGCAGGACUUUUGGACGCCAAUUCACAAGCGGCAAAGUCAAACCCCUGUUCCAAAAGCAUUUGGUCGCAUUACAGAACAAUCCUGAUGCUGCCACCGUGACUGCAAACUCUCUGUUGGCCAAAGCCACAGUGCCUGUUUAUGCCUUGGGUAUCCUCACCUGCUACACCGAGGAAUCCGAUCGUAAGCUGCUUUCAAGCUUCAUGGAGGAUGUCAUGAUGAAACUUUCUGUAAAUCAGUUGCCUCUAGACAGCCUCAAGAUCACAUUUGUAGAACUUGGGGCCAACCCAGCCUACCACGAGAUGCUCCUGGCUGUGCUGUGGUGCGGGGUGGUGCACACCUCCCCGCAGGUGCGCUGCACGGCCGCCAAGAUGUUUGAGCUGGCUUUGAGAGGGAUGCACGAGGCCCUGAUCGACAAGCGAGUGGCACCUGCUCUCGUCACCCUCUCAAGCGACCCGGAAUUUUCAGUGCGAAUAGCUACAAUUCCUGCGUUGGGAGCUAUAAUUGAAACUGUGACACAAAAAGAGCUGCUGGAGCGGGUGAAGAUGCAGCUGGCGUCCUUCCUGGAUGACGGGCCGGGCGAGGAGCAGCACGCGCUGCAGCUGGAGAUCAUCCGAACCCUGGGCCGCGUCGGGCCCAAUGCAGAGCCGCGCUUCCGGGACGAAUUCAUGCUGCCGAGCCUGCACGUGCUCAGCAUGGGUAACAACCAGCAAGCGACGGACGGCAAGCGAAUGGAAGUGGCUGUGCAGCUCUUUGAGGCGUACAGCGCGCUGGCCUGCUGCUUUAUCGGAGAGGACGUGAUGGUGCAGCACUUCCUGCCGGGCCUCCGGGCCCUCCGUACAGACAUGGAGCAUCUUUCUCAUGAGCAUGAAGUAAUCCUUAGCUCAAUGAUAAAGGAUUUUGAAUUCAAACUGGAUGGCAAAGCCACAGCUGAUCCCAGCCUGCCCAGCCCCGUGCUCAUGGAAGAUGCGAAAAACAAGUUUUUUAGCAAAGUUGGUCAGCUGACAACCAGUUCUAGUACUGCGUUCACAAGCAUGUUGAAGCGGAAAAAAUAAGGUACAUACACUUGUACAGCAUCUUAGAAAUGUUAGCACUUGUACAGACGCAAAUGCCUCGCUCGUUAUUAUUCUCUGGGGAAAUCCACCCCACAAUUUACACUGGACACCAAAUUUUGCUGCUAUAAUUUUUUUUGCUCAAACAUCGGUUUCAAACUUUGGGAAUAUUAAAAUAUAUUCAUUUGCAUUUUUUAGAUCAUCUAAAAUAUUGGGAAUUUGAAUGUGUAAUGAUUGUUUUAAUGACUCAUGUUUUGGUUUCUAUGGUAGAAUUGUUUUGCUACUUAAAAUGUUAGGGUAUUACUUUGUAAGUGUAAUUUCAUGACGUAUACAUGAUGAAUCACACGCUACAUUUAUUUUGAGAGACUGCUGUGUGGAGGCUAAAAUGUUGGACCCCCGAGUUGAUGAGUUUAAUUCACGUUCAUUUAUUACUAUUAAACAUUUGUUGAAGACCUUGCGGUACGUGAGUAUAUAUUUAUCAUUCCUAUGGCCUCACCCAGCAGUAAGAUAGGUAAACACCAUCUAUUAUUGAUGGAAUACAAUGUAGGUACUUGAGAGGCUUUUCAGCUCUUGUGGCUAAUUGCUUUUUGAAAGAGAGACCCACUACCCAUAGUGGCAGUUGGCUCAUGAUUCAGGGUACACUGAUGUUUUUUUUAAUACUCUCCGACAUUGUAUAUCAAAAGUAUAAUUGAAGAGCUCAUUACAUUUUCUUGACUACACUUCAGGUCGUCCGUACACUACUAUGUUGUCUUUGCGUGCCUGUGUUGCAUAAUGCAAAGGGCUUUAAUUGGUACAGUCACUAAGUGUGAAGCUUACUUGAUGAGCUGAUGGGAAUCAAAAUAUUUGUUAAGGGGAGGAUGAUUACCAAGUCGAUUUUAAACUGUGUGUGGAUAUAAGUUAUACACGCUUUCAUUGUGAACAGCGUACAAUCAGAUGUGUUGUGUGUGAUCAAUGUUCAUGUUUUUAUUGAAUGGUGGCUUUAUUGGAUAUGUUGCACUGAAUCAUUGCAUGUGCUGGAGGGUGAAAUACGUUGCGGAAUGGAACAAUCUUAUGUAUUACGCUGAUGUUUUUCAUUGCGAUAAGUACAGUAUUGUACAAUAAUGUAUUCACGUUGCCGUCUUGAGCUCUAUUUGUAUUUCGGAGCCGGAAUUUUGGCUGUCUGUCUGAAAUAAAUGUGUGGUUUCUACUGU